UGUCGUCUUGUCGUGGGAGGGGGGGAACCCCCGGCUAGUCGGGCGACGCAUAAGUCUCGCUCGUCGCUCUUGCAGAGGUCGCAGUGAUGCAGCUGCUGCUGACGACUGUGCUGCUGUGCGCGGCGGCGCGCGCGGCGGGUGGCGCGUGCCAGAGGGGUCUGGGCUGCUUUCCCGACGGACCUCCGUGGAGCUCCCCGGAGAGACCAGUGCCUCCGCCCAGGACACGCGAGGAGGUCGACACCUACUUCACCCUCUACACCAGGAGCACCAGGUACGCGGGCCGCAACCUCACCGCGUGGCCCGCCGCCGCGGCGCUGGGAGACCCCGACUACCGCGCCAACAGGUCCACGAUGUUCCUCGUGCCGGGGCUCAGCAGGUCCUGGAACGUCACGUGGCUGCACCGCCUCAAGAACAACGUCCUCGACAGGGGAGACUACAACGUGAUCCUGACUCACUGGGGAGGCGACCGCAGCUCCAACUACUCCUACUACCAGGCCGUGUCGGACACGAGGGUGGUGGGGGCGGAGCUGGCCAGGCUUGGCCGCGCGCUGGUGGAACAGCACCACGUGAGCCCGGGCAGCUUCCACGUCGUGGGGCACAGCCUGGGCGCGCAGAUCGCCGGCUACAUGGGCCAGAACAUCACCGGCCUCGGGCGCAUCACAGGUCUGGACGCGACGCAGGUGGGCUUCGUCGGCUACCCGCGCGCCGUGCGCCUGGACUCGAGGGACGCGCAGCUGGUGGAGGACAUCCACACGGCGCUGCAACCGCCCAUCGUGGGUCUCGCCGACAGCAGGAACCUGCCCAUCGGUCACGUGGACGUGUACGUGAACGGGGGCAACGUGCAGCCCGGGUGCAACAAGCUGAACAAGUCGCUGGACUCCGUGGCUGACUACGCGCUCCUGUCGCCGGCAGACGUGGCCAACAUGAGCGGCUGCUCGCACCUGCGCAGUGUCGACCUCUACCUGGAGGCCACCUCCGGCUCCGGCUGCGUCUUCUGGGCCCGGCGCUGGCUGGCGUCUCCCGUCGCCGCGGCGGCGCAGAGGGGCGCGCCGUGCGGCCCCGACACGUGUCGACCAAUAGGACUGCAGCAGCGGGCGGGCGAGGCCCCGGGGGUGUUUGACCUGGAGACUACAGCCGCGCCGCCCUACUGCAUUCCAACAGCUGAAGGAGUAAAAGGAGGCGGCUAGAGUUGGAGCGCUGUUCAAACAUCAAACAACAAAGUGCAUCCAACAUCACACCACGACGUCACAUUAAUCACUUGUAUAAACAAUGGGUGAAGUAAACUGCAAUCAGUGUA